GCACGUGCCGCACACGAGGCAGUGGUGAUGGUUGGAGGCUGGUAGAGAGGUAGUGUAAUGUAAUCGGAUGCGAAACUGUGUGUCGGCUCUUCAAUCAAUUCGCGAAUUCCCAUCGACGUCGAAGGUCGAGAUAUGGACGCCACCAAAAAGUUCGACAACCCAAAUCCACGGGUAUCCGCGAAUCCGAUCAGUAAACUGUUCUUCUGGUGGUUGGCGGAAAUAUUCUGGUACGGGAAGGACUUGGAAAUGAAAGAUGUGUAUAAUGUUAUGUCAGCUGACGGCAGCGAGCUUUUGGGAAACAAGCUGGAAAAGAACUGGAAACGUGAGGUGUACACUGCUAAGAAGGACGGCAGGAAACCCAAGUUUUUCACGGCUUUGAAGAAGACGUUUAUAUGGUCAUUUUUUUAUACUGGAGGAUGGAUUUUAUUUAUGAAUUGUGUUUUGAGAAUCGUGGAAACAUAUAUUUUCGGUCUACUCAUUUGGCAUUUCGAUCCAAGAGCUACGUCUACCCAGGAGACAGCAUAUCUCUACGCAUCUGGUAUGAUUUUUAUGAUGAUAUUGUCAGUUCUAGUCAAUCAUCAUGCGAAUCUAGACUUGAUGGAAAUUGGAAUGCGAGUCAGAAUAGCAAGCUCCUCUUUAAUAUACAGAAAGAUAUUGCGCUUAUACAGUUCUACCGCCACCACUCCAGGACAAAUCGUUAAUCUGUUGUCAAAUGACAUGUCAAAAUUUGAAUGGCUGUUUAUGACGUUACAUUACAUUUGGAUCUUGCCUAUACAAGUAGUCAUCAUUGCGUUUCUGAUAUGGCAGAGCGUCGGCGUCGCUUCGCUAGCCGGUGUAAUUCUCUUAAUAGUUCAAACUAUUCCUCUUCAAGGAUACAUAAGUAAAUGGACCUCGAAGUUGCGUUUAAAAAUCGCAGUAAGAACGGAUGAGAGAGUACGUUUGAUGUCCGAAAUAAUCAGGGGCAUACAAGUUAUUAAAAUGUAUACUUGGGAGAAACCAUUUGAGGGCCUAGUUAAUCGCGCAAGAAAAUACGAAAUCGAUGUUCUCACACUAAUAUCGUAUCUAAGAGGCUUUACCUUCGCCACAUAUGUGUUCACGGAAAGAACAACGUUAUAUUUUACAAUUAUGGCCUAUGUACUCUACGGAUAUUCUAUAUCCGCCGAUAAAGUAUUUUCAGUGGCACGGUAUUUCAAUAUUCUUCAACUCACCAUGGCAAUAUGGUUUCCUAUGGCUAUAGCGGCUGCUGCCGAGUCAUCGGUCUCCAUAAAGAGAAUCGAGGACUUUCUGUUAUUGAACGAGAAUGUUCCACUGACACAGCCUGCGUUAACUGCCAAAGAAACAAGUAUUUUAAUGAAAAACGUUAGCGCUUCAUGGACAACUACUGCAAUUGUAAACACAUUACAUAAUAUCAACAUUCAAAUUAAAGACAGCAAACUUUACGCUAUCGUUGGUCCUGUAGGCGCAGGAAAGAGUUCUUUCCUGCAAGCGAUUUUAGGCGAACUGAAAUUGACACAAGGCCAAAUACACAUAGAUGGUAAAAUAUCGUAUGCCAGUCAAGAAUCUUGGCUGUUUGCAGGCACAGUGCAAAGUAACAUUCUAUUCGGCCAGCCUUAUGAUAAAGAUAGAUAUCAGAAUGUUGUAAACGUAUGCGCUCUUACGAGAGAUUUCGAACAACUUCCGUACGGCGAUAAGACUUUAGUCGGUGAUAGAGGUACGGCGCUCAGUGGUGGACAGCGUGCAAGAAUUAAUUUGGCGAGAGCUGUCUAUAGAGACGUCGAUAUUUAUCUUUUCGACGAUUCCCUAUCAGCAGUUGACACUCACGUUGGCAGGCAUUUAUUUAACGAGUGCAUGAAUAAUUACUUGCAAAACAAAACAAGAAUUCUUGUAACUCAUCAAUUGCAGUACUUGAAACAGUGCGACUAUAUCAUUAUUUUUAAUAAUGGUCAAAUUGAAGAUGAAGGCACAUUUACGGCCCUUCAAGAAAAACGUGUGACCUUUUUGGAAAUAUUAAAAAAAGACGAAGAAGUUAGCGAAAAGACGAAGGAAUUGUUAAAAAUUGAUACAGGUCUUACAUCUGAUAUAAAAAUUAAAAACGAUAACGUUAAUGAUGAAGACACAGAGGAAGCCGAGCCUCAAGAAACUGAGGAGCUUCUAGCCAAGGGAAGUUUACCGAAAUCGCUUUAUUGGAAGUAUCUUCGCAGCGGUGGUUCGACCAUCAUGAUUGCCAGUGUUCUAUUUUUCACGAUUUUGGGACAAAUCGGAAGUAACGGUUGCGACUACUGGGUCGGUUACUGGACGACUCAGGAAGAGAUACGUUUCAAAACUAUGCGCGAACAACAGUAUAGUACAGCGAACAACUUUACAAUGUCUUCUUCUAUGCCGAAAUCUGCUAGACAAAUAGAAAAUACGUCAGAGAUUAAUAAUACCGAAUUUUUAACAACCACAGACUAUUAUAGGGAAGAUAUAUCUAAUGAUACUAUAUCGUCACAAAAUUUUACUCUUAAUAACAAUGGGGAUAUGUACUAUCUUGACACGGAUACGGCUUUAUGGAUUUACGGAGGCCUCAUCAUUAUCAGUGUUGUGGUAACAACAAUACGAAAUCUAAUUUUCUUCAAAAUAUGUAUGAACGCCGGCAAGAAUUUGCAUAACUUCAUGUUCUCGUGCGUACUUAAAGCGCCAAUGUCGUUCUUUGAUAACAACCCAUCCGGUCGAAUUUUAAAUCGUUUCUCGAAGGAUGUUGGCGCGGUGGAUGAAACACUGCCUAGUACUAUGACAAUGUCCAUUCAAACGUUUGCGGUGAUGACUGGAAUUCUAGUGCAAGUACUUAUCAUCAACUGGUGGAUCAUAUUCGCUGUAAUCGUUAUAUUCCUUCUAUUUGGCAUGAUAAGAAGAGUUUACCUUCCAUUAGCGCAAACCACAAAACGAUUAGAAGGAAUUGCGAAAAGCCCUGUCUUCUCGCAUGUAAAUUCCACAUUGUCGGGUCUGACGACGAUACGUUCUACCGGUGCCCAGGAAAUGAUUCGCAAACAAUUCGACGAACAUCAAGAUUUACACACAAGCACUUACUCCUUAAUUGUCGCAACUGGUACAGUGUUCGGUUUUACGCUGGACGCGGUGUCUGUCGCAUUCAUUUCUGUCGUUACGUAUAGUUUUGUUGCAUUGGACAAUGGAAACAUUUUCGCUGGGAAUGUCGGUUUAGCAAUUUCGCAAGUGCUCAUUUUAUGCAAUAUGGUGCAGUACGGAAUGCGUCAAGCCACCGAGACGGUCACGCAGAUGACGAGCGUAGAGAGAAUAGUACAAUUUACCGAGCUCGAGAAAGAGGGCCCGUUUGAAAGUAACCCCACGGAUAAACCGUCGAGCAAUUGGCCCUCUAAGGGAGAAAUCAAGUUCGAUCGUGUUUAUCUUCGAUACUCCGAAUCUGAGCCACCCGUUCUCAAGUCUCUAAGUUUCAUCAUCGAGUCUGGGAUGAAAGUUGGAAUCGUGGGUCGUACCGGAGCCGGGAAGUCGUCCCUGAUCUCCGCUUUAUUUCACAUGGCGAAACUCGACGGCGCUAUCUACAUCGAUAACGUUGACACGAAGAAGAUCGGUCUUCACGACUUGAGAAACAAAAUAUCCAUAAUACCGCAAGAACCGAUGUUAUUCUCCGCCACGCUUCGAGAUAAUCUCGAUCCCUUUCACAAGUUCAACGAUGCCGAAGUGUGGAGUGCCUUGGAAGAGGUGACGUUGAAACAAAUGGUCGACUCCUUGGACUAUCGCGUCGAGCAGGGCGGCAGUAACUACAGCGUCGGACAGCGACAGCUGAUUUGUCUAGCGCGUGCGAUCUUACAGGACAAUAAAAUACUCGUACUCGACGAAGCUACCGCCAAUGUAGAUCCUACGACGGACGCGCUCAUACAAACCACGAUCCGAAAGAAGUUCGAGGACUGCACGGUAUUGACGAUAGCGCACAGAUUGAACACGAUAAUGGAUAGCGAUAAAGUGCUGGUAAUUGAUCAGGGUCAAGUGUUGGAAUUCGAUCAUCCAUACAUCUUGUUGCAAAACGAGCAAGGUCACUUCAACAGCAUGGUACAAGAAACUGGGAAAACGAUGGCCGAACAGCUUAAACAAUGCGCCAAAGAGGCUUAUGAGCAGCGUGGACUGACGUGAUCUUGUCUGAAAAUAUGCUGUAACGUCUUUGUGUUGACAAGAGAACACUUAUCUUUUUUCUACUUAAUUUUUGUUCGUUUUAUUUUCUAUAGCAAUAUUUUUAGCGAUAACUUACUAGACUUCAGUACUUAUCAUACAAGUAAUUCGUACUUAUUUUUUAUAAAUAUUUAUAUACUUUGCAAGUAAUAUUCCUGUUGGAAAGUAUAUUUAUCAUCUUCGAUUCCUAGUUACGAUCUACACCUUUUAUUAUAAUACUAUACAAUGUUAAACUUUUAGUACAGGAAACAAGAAAGAGAGUGAUAUGUUGCUUGUUGAUACUCGAACGAUAAUACCAAUUUUUAUACUACAUAUACUUGAUGUCGAAAGAAAUUAUGAAAGGUACCUUUUUAAUUAAUGAUUGAGAUUUUAUACACGAAAUAUAAAUAAAAAUUAUACUGUUCCAUAAA